UGUUUGUAUCACAGCGUUUUGGUCCGAGUCGUAACUUGUCUGUAGGCCUGUACAUCAUGUCCUCGAAUCUGCUGAAGCUCCCGGAUGGCAUCGAACCAGUGACCAAUGCAGACGAGGAGAUCUUCCUCAUAUACACAGCUCUGAACAAAAAACCACUCGAGCCGACAGGACCAGAUGGGUUCCACGGCCUAGGACACGUUGAUUCUCGCAAGGACACCCUUUCCAUUCGAUUUGAACUCACCGCUCCAUCGCCCUCAACAUCCUCCUCGGGAGCCGCCGAAUCUAAAUCUGCGUCAAGAUCACGAAAGGGCAAGUCUGCGAGGAAAACUCGUGGUGAAGAGACCUCACAUGUCAUCGAUAUUGAACUUGCGCAAGACAAAACUGCGCUACGCAGUCGAAAAGGAGAUACUGGGAGUGUCUUGUGGCGAGCGAGCAUUGCUUUUGCUCAAGUUAUCCUGCAGCAGCACCGCUUCCCUCCAAGCAACCCAUUGGUCGAUAAGGAUCUGCUUCGAGAGAGCCAUGUACUCGAGUUAGGUGCAGGAACGGGCUUGCUUAGCAUCGCGCUUUCUGCAUGUGUAAAGAGCUACACUGCAACAGACAUCGCGCCCCUUCUCCCACUUAUCAAGAAAAACGUUGCUCUAAAUUUCGCGGGUUGGACGCAAAAUACAAAGCCUCCAGAUGGAUCACCAGGAUCUAAUAUCUCCGUGGAAGAACUAGACUGGGAAAUAUUGUUGUCCUUGCCGCCAACUAGGCGGUCAAGCUAUUACCCCAAGCCACCUGAGCUCAACGCCGAGUGGGAUCUCAUCCUGGUCGUUGAUUGUAUAUACCACCCUUCGCUUCUUCCCGCACUCAUCGAGACAAUCGAGACUGUCUCGACUGCAGGAAAGACGUGGGCGUUGGUGAUCGUUGAACUGAGACAAGAAGAUGUCCUUAGGGAGUUCCUUGAGAAAUGGUUGAAUAAGGAAACUUGGCGGCUGUUUAGGGUAGACGAGCUUUUGGAUAUACCUUAUAUAGCUUGGGCUUGUCAGAUGUGUCCUUAGUUGUCGGGCUUGUUCAACAUGCUUGUCGGAUUAUUCGGAU